GCCUCAAACUGCGUCCAUUGUUGUACAUAUGAAGCUUGCAGUGCAAAACCAAAAAUCCAAAAUCCAUAGUGCACAUAAACUGUUCGAAGAAAGUCCUCACUGUCUCAAACUCCAGUUUUAUGUCCAUUUGAAGUUGAACCUACACUGUGAUCGUCGUAGCAGUUCGCAUCAUGGAUCAUACUACUACAUCGUUUCGAAGUUUUCUUCAGGUUCUUCCCCCUGUUCAAUUUGCAUGCGUUUAUGGAUCAUCUCUUCACCCAACCAACCAAGACAAGACAAGUAUGGUAGAUUAUAUUCUUGGUGUGUCUGACCCUGUUCAGUGGCAUUCUGAGAAUCUGAAAUUGAACAAGCAUCACUAUGCUUCAUGGAUGGUGCACCUUGGUGGGGAAAGGCUGAUUACCCAAGUUGCAGAUAAAAUUGGCGUCGGAGUACAUUUCAACCCUUUUGUUACUUGGAACGGAAAGAUGUUCAAGUAUGGGGUUGUUCGAAUGGAUGACUUACUUCAAGAUGUACUGUAUUGGGAGAAAUUCUACUUGUGUGGUCGUUUACAGAAACCAGUUCAUGUUGUUGUUGAUAAUUUGGACAUUCACGGUGCCAAUUCUGUUAACUUACGAGCUGCACUGUCAGCCGCACUUCUCCUGCUUCCAUCAGAAUUCACAACGGCAGAUCUGUAUGCCAAAGUUUGUAGUCUCUCAUAUUUGGGUGAUGUGCGUAUGUUAUUUGCAGAGGAUAAAAACAAGGUGAAGAAUAUUGUAAGUGGGCAGUUUGAUCUAUUCCACUCAAUCUAUAAGCCAUUUCUUGAAGAAUAUGAGGCUAAGAAGUUAUUGAGACUUUCAUCAACUGCCAAUCGCCCAAUACAAGUCUCUCAGGAUUGUGACUUGUCAGUUGCUUGCUCUCUAGUUUCUUCCCUUCCUCCAUCAGUCAGAAGCCAGAUGAGCAUGAAGCAAGAACAGAAGAUGAAAUUAAGUGAAACUGGUAGAAUCGUACAUGAUACUAUAAUCAGCUCAAGAGAAGAGGCUGCAAAUUGCUUGCGGAGAGUUCUGAGGCGGAGAGUUAUGGUUUCAAGUGCAAGGCAGGCCAUAUCUGGUCUGCUUGCCGCUGGUGGGGUGAAUGCUACCAGAUAUCUUGCGAAGAAAGUUAGCAAAGCCUGGAAGUCGUGGAGAUGAUAUUUGCUGUCUUGACAAUCAUAGGGUUAAAUAUUUUUUUCUCAAUGUUCAGCUUGUGAUUAGGUCUCACCAACAAACCGCAAGAUAUUAGUAACUGGAUUGGCUGGAACCUUAUCAUUCUUCUCUUGUGACAGGAGAUACUUGCCAACACCAAGUGUAGCGUAUUGACUGUCCAAAACAUCAAUCACCCUGUUGGCUAUGGCACUUGCAUAGACUGAUGAACCUUCAAUUACCUGCGUCAGUGAAACAGGUGAUGGUUAUCCUAUAAAAAACCAUGUUGAUAGCAUACGUUGGGAACUAGCUCCAUUUUUUAUCUCAUCCUUUCUCACCUAUUGCUUCGUGUUUGAUCUCAUUCUUUCUCAUCCAUUCAUGAUAUAGCUUCUGGUAGAUAGGUCUUUCUAUUGGUCGGAGCUGAACUCCAAAGUGUUUUCUGAAAGCAUCAAAAUUCAUAUUUGGUGGAUCUAUGAGGCCCCCUAGGUUCCUCAGCAUUCGACUAUAUAGCUUGAAAUCCAAAGCCUUGAUUUACUAGUUGUUGGUUAACUAUAACAACAUCUUCCAAAAUUAAUCUAGAUGUUCGAAAUGUAGUUUUUGAAGCACGAAUUAUGUGAUUGUCGAAGAUUUAUGUAAAGAAAAAGUGAAACAGUUUAUGGUGAACAAUUGUGUAGUUUCGUGGGUGAUGUAACCAUAAUCCUUGUUGAUAUUGAUUUUUUAAAAUAUUUUUAUCAAGGUUAUCAAUAUGAAUAACUUUUAUAUUUAUUA